CCCAACCCGUGAGAGUCCAGGGGCGAAAGUGCGCAGGAGGGACUUGUUGGAGGGGCUGGCUGGGCUCGAACCUGGUACCACCAGGAAAUGGCAGCAGCCAGGGCUAGCCUGGGCCGCAUCCUCCCAGAGUCCUCCAUGCUGUUCCUAUGUGACAUGCAGGAGAAGUUUCGUCCCAGCAUAGCCUACUUCCCACAGAUCGUGUCAGUGGCCGCUCGAAUGCUCAAGGUCGCCCGGCUGCUAGACGUCCCUGUCUUGCUGACGGAGCAGUACCCACAAGGCCUGGGCCCCACGGUUCCUGAGCUGGGGGCUCAGGGUAUUCGGCCAGUGAGUAAAACGUGCUUCAGCAUGGUGCCCACCUUACAGAAGGAGCUGGAUGGCCGGCCCCAGCUGCGCUCCGUGCUGCUCUGUGGCAUCGAGACCCAAGUCUGCAUCUUGAACACAGCCCUGGACCUCCUAGACCGGGGACUGCAGGUCCAUGUGGUGGUGGACGCCUGCUCUUCUCGAAGCCAGGUCGACCGGCUGGUGGCGCUGGCCCGCAUGAGACAGAGUGGAGCUUUCCUCUCCACUAGCGAAUCGCUCAUUCUGCAGCUUGUGAGGGAUGCUGCGCACCCCCAGUUCAAGGAGAUCCAGAAGAUCAUUAAGGAGCCUGUCCCAGACAGCGGGCUGCUGGGCCUCUUCCAGUCCCAGAACCCCAUCUUGCUGAACUCCAGGCCCUGACUGAGGUGGGAGUUUAGGUGGAAGGAAGUGUUUCCUGUCAUUUCUGAAUCUCAAGAGGCCUGCCCCGUGGGAGGGGGAGCGGUGUUCUCCUUUCCUGAUUGAGCAGCUGGUCCU